AUGUCAACCAGUAUUCCUGUGAUUAAUAGAAAUCAGACUUUACCACCGCUAUUGUUGCCGGAUCUUAGGUUUUUGAAUGAACGUCAAUAUCAGAAAAUUUCAUUUGACGUUCCUACUUGUUCGCCCGUAGCGAUGAGUGAGGGCUCGUCAAAGAGGUUUAGUACGCUUGAGAGCUUGGCAAACGUUGCUACCAAGCGGUUGAAACUGUCGAGCGAAAAGACGUCGUUGAGUCACAUGAUGACACCUCCGCCGACGGCACCUGUGAGUGCGCCCAUUUCGCCAUCUCCGAGCUAUGUGGCCUUCCAAGAGAACGCAUCCUCUGGCGCGUCCUCGGUAAAGAGCACGUCCCCUUCUCCUUCGUCAUCAACACCAGCAUCGGCUUCAGCUGCUCCCGCCUCGAGUCGCUCGGACAGGAAAAAUAGCACAUUGAACACUGCCAAGAGACAGCGGAUUGGACCCAGUUGUGAUGGCUGUCGGUUGAAAAAAAUUAAAUGUGAUGCGUCGAUCGAGAUCCUGCUGCAAGAUGAAUCUAUUAUUCCCUUGUUUGCAAGGGAAUUGCAUCAUGUGUUCACGAGACAGGAGGUUUUGGACCACUCAGACACGUUGUUCAAGAAACUGGGUUUGCCCGACUCGAUACUGGAGGAGACCGCGCAGGACGCUGCCGACGACGAGCAAAACAGCACUGCAGGGAGGACACCUAUCUUGAUAAAGCAUAUUGAUAAGAUCGUGUUGUUUAGAUGCUGCAGCUCGUGUCGAAAGAGACGGAUCAGCAACGGGCACAGUCACGACUGUUGCGUCUUUUCGAAAGGCUUCACGAGGGCAGAUAUCAACGUGUUCUCCAAGAUAUCUUCCAAGGUGCCAGGCAAAUCGAUGGCUGAGAUGGAUAUCACCGAUUAUAGAAAUGCUGGUUUUUGA